AGGGUUGGCAUUAUUGUUCCUAACAGUGAUGGAUACAAGCAGAUCAUGCCCUAUGACCUCUACCAUCCCCUUCCUCGAUGGGAAAGUACACCCUGGACUGCCUGUUCCUCAUCCUGUGGAGGGGGCAUUCAAAGCCGCAGUGUCUCAUGUGUGGAAGAAGACAUUCAGGGGCAUAUCAGCCCCGUGGAAGAAUGGAAAUGCAUGUAUACUCCAAAGAUGCCUGUUGUCCAGCCUUGCAAUAUAUUUGACUGCCCAAAGUGGCUUGCUCAGGAAUGGUCUCCGUGCACUGUGACCUGUGGACAAGGACUCAGAUACCGUGUUGUCCUUUGCAUUGAUCACAGGGGGAUGCACACAGGAGGCUGUACUCCUAAAACAAAGCCACAUAUAAAAGAAGAAUGCAUUGUACCCACUCCUUGCUACAAACCCAAAGAGAAACUUCCCGUGGAAGCAAAGUUGCCAUGGUAUAAGCAGGCUCAAGAGCUGGAGGAAGGAGCAGUAGUGUCUGAAGAGCCAUCGUUUAUCCCUGAGGCUUGGUCCACCUGUAGUGUCACCUGUGGAGUGGGCAGCCAGGUGCGACUUGUGAAAUGUCAAGUGCUCCUCUCUUUCUCUCAGUCUGUGGCUGACUUGCCCAUUGAUGAAUGUGAAGGUCCCAAACCUGUGUCUCAGAGAGCCUGCUACAGUGGCCCCUGCAGUGGGGAGGGAACUGAAUAUACACCAGAAGAAACUGAGCUGCUGUAUGGCAGUUUGCAGGAGUUUGAUGAGCUCUAUGACUGGGAAUAUGAGGGCUUUACGGAGUGUUCAGAGUCCUGUGGAGGAGGUGUCCAGGAGGCUGUGGUGACCUGCCUGAACAAACAAACCAGGGAGACUGCAGAUGAGACACUAUGUGUAACCAGCCGCCGUCCACCACAGCUGUUGAAAGCCUGUAGCCUGGACCCCUGCCCCCCAAG